GAGAGUAACAGUACGUGAUAACAACACAUCCGCUCCGCGUCCCCGCACCUGGUUUUCUUCACACUGAAGUCGGAGCGCAUUCGGAUUGGCUGGAGCUCCGGCGGCUCGCGCGGGGUUCGCGCGCCUCUCCAACUCUCCUUCAGAAGGCGGGGAGCGCGCGCGGGAGGAACUUAACUGACAGACGCCCGUCCUGAACACGAACUCACCUCAGGAGCGCUGAUUAACCUGUUUACACCUCAGACACGGCGUCUGAGAGAAAACCCUCUCCGAAGAGGAUAUUUAAUCCUAAACAUUUGUGCUUGACGCGCGCUGUCAGUCAGAAGAGCGCGCUGAGGUAACGGACAAACCAACGGAUUUCAUUCCGCGACUGCUAACGUUAAUCUCUCCGACACGGGCUUCGACUCCGCGGGCUUUAUUAGAAACAACAUCUCCAGAGGUCCCCCUGAUUCUUAUUUCACCUGAUCGGCGGAUUGCUGACUGUUUGUACGAUGGGAAGAAGUAAAAAGACUGCGAGGAGAGAGCGAGGCGGAUCGGGAUUCUUACCGCAGAUGAUCACCGUGUUCGUUUUUACUAUUUUAUCGCUCGUCAACACCGGUGCGGCUCAAGAUGACGACUAUCUGGGAUUGGGUGAACUCCCGGAGACGUUCCCCUCGGAUCCGCCCGAGCCGCUCCCGCACUUCCUGAUGGAGCCGGAGGAGGCGUACAUCGUCAAGAACAAGCCCGUCAACCUGUACUGCAAAAAGCCACGCCUGGCCACGCAGAUUACGUUCACUAGUGCAAAAGAAAAAAAACACUGUCCAUCUCCUCCACAAUCGAUUAUGACCGAAGAACCCAGAGACCCGAUCACGAUGACUCCGCACAUCAAUAAUGCCACCGUGAUCAAAGCAGAUAGCACAGACCAGCAGUAUUACGAACAGGCGGUGAAGUAUUUCAUCAUCAUUCUUGCUUCUCCGCAUACAUACGAGCGUUAG